AUGGACAAACAAGCAAGCCGGAAAUCCAGAAAUACGGAGGUGACAGUUACCAUGUCAUCCAGUUGGUUCGGUCUAUCGAAAUCUCGCAAAGAAAGUACAAAGCAGAACGAACUUACGAAUUCGCGCGAUGGACAAGAUGACAACGUGGUCCAGUAUACGGUGGGACCCGAGCCGCAGGAUGAAUUUAUGACUCCCGAUUCUUUUGAGGAUUGGGUACACAAGGUUGCUCUGAACCCAGUACCAAUUGAUGUAGAAUUCAUUUCAUUAUCUGAGAUGAUGCUGAACGACGAGGCACAAAAGUUGUUUAAGGAGGCACUGCAGUACUACGCAAAACUGAGAGGCGUGGACAAAAGCAAUGAAUAUGUCACUAAUGGAUCCUUGAGCAGUCCAAUAUUGCAACUGCUGAAAGAGUCUAAGCUUGUGGCAAUCAAUGACCCAGAUAAGGUCGGUAAGGACGUUUGUACGGGAAAGAGCAAGAUUAUAUUCGGUUUCGGCGUUAAUCUUAACGAGAAAAGACAGAUACUCGAACUCAAACCUUGUUAUCCAGGAUUAAACGCAUGUAUCCUUGAUCUCAACCAAGAUGUAGUUUCAACAUUUGUCGUAGCAUUAUGCGGCGAAAUGCAGCUUUAUAACUUCACACAGAAAUUGACAAAAGGGUCAUCCGACAGUUCUUCGUACAAUGAAGCAGUCUGCCCCAAAGAUACCGUAGUAGGAUUUGGAGCUAUAAUUAGAUUCGGCUAUCCCAUGAUGAUAAGAGAUUGCCCAAUAGAGUAUUUAGGCUGCGGUUAUGAUAUUUUGUAUGGAAAUCCGUUGACCGAUGAUGGUUCAUUGGUUGACCCCGGUUACCGGAAUCCGAUAAUAUCCUUUACCCUCACCCAAUACAGAGGCAAGGACAAGAAGGACCCCAAAUAUGCUAGCAUACCAGGAGCAUGGAUUAGGCCUUUGGUUUCUUGUCGGCGUUCGUCCGAGAGCACGGUUGUCAAAAGUAUGAAGGACUAUCAGAAGGCAUUGGCUGUAGACUCCACGAUUGGCUUUGGCACCAUCGAUGACUCAGUGAAAUUCGCUUUAUCCGCCGGUUACGCAGAAUCAGCGAGCCUCAAUUUGUCUAAAAGCCGGAGACUGCAUAUUCAGAGAAAUUACUGUUUCCUACUGGAAGCUGCACUACCUGUUAAUGGGCAAUACGCCUUUAAGAAAUCCUUUGAGAUUGCAGUUGCACUUUUGACUCCGGAUUUCAGAAAGUCGGUCGAGACUUGUAACACGAUAAGAUACUCCAUGAAUCCCGAUCACCCGGAUUGCGUGAAGAACGUCCAGCCUUGGAUGAAUCUUUUCGAGUUAUUCGGCACGCAUUUUACUUACAACAUAAAAAUAGGUGGAAGGCUGACUGAAUUGGAACAGGUGAACGCCUCUAAAAGCGGGAAAAAGUCUAAUGCCCAGGUUAAUGCUAGGGCUGACGCUCAAGUUACAAAACGUGUCGCGGCAGGCUCAGUGGGUGUUGAUGGCACGAACAUGUCCAACAAGAGUAACACGACCAACGUAUCAUUUAGUUACGUCAAUGUGCUAGGAGGCAGCCCGAUAGGCAACGCCGAUGACGAAGAUGAAUACUUGGCAUGGAUACACUCAAUUCCGAAAAACCCUAUGCCAAUACGCUCACAACUUGCGCCUCUGUCCAAGCUUUUCAGGUCGAAGGCACUGAAGGAAGCAUACGACGACGCGAUGGAAUUUUACGUGGCGCUCAAUGGUUUAAAAAACACCCCAGAGAAGAAAGAAAACGCAGACUAA